UGAGCUUCCCCUGACCCUGUUGCCGCUCCCCGUGCUUGAGGCGAUGGAGUACGAGCGGCGCCUCCUUCUGGCGGCGAAGCUCGUCCUGUCGAGCGACCUUUGCGACGAGGGUGGCCGCCCUCCCGAUCCCGCCGAUCUCAGGAUCACGGCGACCGUCAAACCUCACCAGAUCGAAGGAGUUUCUUGGCUCAUCCGCCGCUACCAUCUCGGCGUCAACGUCAUCCUAGGCGACGAGAUGGGCCUGGGAAAGACUCUGCAAGCUAUUUCUUUCUUGAGCUAUCUGAAGAUUCAGUCACUAUCAUGUGGACCCUUCUUGGUAUUGUGUCCGUUAAGCGUCACAGAUGGUUGGAUAUCAGAGUUUACCAAAUUUUGUCCUACUUUAAGGGUUCUCCUUUAUGUUGGUGAGAAAAAGCAUCGUCUCGGACUUCGAAGGAUGAUGUAUGAGAAUCUGCAAAGGAAGUCUUCGUUCCUUGAUGAUUUACCUUUUGAUGUGUUGUUGACAACGUAUGAUAUAGCUUUGUUGGAUCAGAAUUUUCUUUCUCAAAUUCCUUGGCAUCAUGUUGUGAUUGAUGAAGCACAACGGCUGAAAAAUCCUUACAGUGUUUUAUAUAAUGUGCUUGAGCAAAAAUUUAUCAUGCCUAGACAUUUGUUGUUAACGGGCACACCUAUUCAAAACAACCUUACAGAGCUAUGGGCCUUGAUGCACUUUUGUAUGCCUGCUGUUUUCGGGACAUUGGAACAAUUUUUUUCCACAUUUAAGGAGGCUGGAAUUUCAUCUAAAGGGUCUGAAUCAGAUAGGGUAAAGAGGCAAUUUGGAAUUCUCAGAUAUAUAUUGAGAGCGUUUAUGCUCCGGAGAACAAAAGCAGUGCUUAUUGAGAGGGGAACUUUGACUCUGCCUCCUCUUACUGAGAUUACAGUGAUGGCACCUUUGAUGCCGUUGCAGAGGAAGGUGUACAUGUCAAUAUUGAGAAAGGAGCUUCAAACACUACUGUCAAUUUCGUUGGGAAGUACUAGCAAUCAGUCCUUGCGGAAUAUUGUAAUACAACUUCGAAAAGCAUGUAGCCAUCCUUAUCUCUUUACUGGUAUGGAACCUGAGCCAUAUGAAGAAGGGGAGCAUCUGGUUCAGGCUAGCGGGAAGCUUAUUAUUCUGGACCUGCUGCUCCAAAAACUCUAUGCAGCAGGACACCGAGUUUUGUUAUUUGCUCAGAUGACUCGUACACUCGACAUUCUACAGGACUUCCUGGAAUUGCGUAAAUACACUUAUGAACGGCUUGACGGAUCUGUACGUGCUGAGGAGAGAUUUGCUGCAAUAAGAAGCUUCAGUAAACAACCAGUCAAAGGUGAUGUGAUUCAUCAAGAUAAACAAGAUGUUGCUUUCGUUUUUAUGAUCUCAACUAGAGCUGGAGGAGUUGGUCUCAAUCUCAUCGCUGCAGAUACUGUGAGUUUCAAAGCUACACUUUGUUUUUCUUUCUGGUACUUUUCCUGGAAAGUCAAAUUUUGAGAUAGUUUAGUAUUUAGCUACUGUGUC